UCCGGUUACGCCCAGGUUUUUGCCACGUUAUCCGUGCUGUUCGUGCUGAUAUCUAUUUCUGGACUCGUCCUCGGCUCACUUCCGGAGCUCCAGAUUUCCGUACAAAAGAAUACUACUCAAGGAGUCGUUAGCGAUAUGGAACCACAUCCCAUUCUUGGCUACAUUGAGUAUGCGUCGUUUCGACAGUUGGGAAUGAUGGCUAUGGUCGUUCUGACGGGUGUGAUUUUCUUCUCAACGUUGGUGUAUUUUUUAGAAAAGGAUGAGCCUAGCUCGCAGUUCUACUCGAUACCGGCUGCAUGCUACGGGGACCUUACGCCAGUCACCGUUGCUGGUAAAUUGGUGGCCACUGGUGCGAUAGCUUGUGGAGUGCUUGUGCUGGCUCUUCCUAUCACUAUA